UCAGUCAUUAGAAUUUCCACGAGCUAUGCUCUCUAUAGGUAUUCUUCCGUGUAGGUAUUUGAAUUAUUUCGAGCGAAAAUGCAUGCUAGCGCUAGUAGUCGUUAAUGUGGCACGGACGCGAUCAUUUCGUUGCAAACGACUCACGUUCAGUUAAAUAAAUCAACUCAGCAGCAAAAUGAAAGUGCCAUUUUCAAAAGCCACUUUAUGGAAAUAUGUGUUCCUCGUAGUAAAUUGUUUGAUAACUGCCUUCGAUGUCCUUCUCAUCUCUUGUGGCGUCGUUUCUUUGGGUGGUGCUGGCUCCUUAGCCGGUGCCUACACCGCAGCCUCCAUUGGUUUCCUAGCAAUGUUCAUCGCCUUUAUGGGCGCAAUGGCAUCGGUGCGCCAAUCGUUGAUACUGUCUUGGGCGUACAUAGUCACGACAGUGCUGUGCAUUGUUUUAGAAACGAUUUGUAUGAUCGCAUUUGGUAUACUAAAGGAUGACUUCUAUUUAAUGGCGGUGAAGCGUGUGCAAGGUAUUUGGGAUGAGCGACCAGAUACACAGCUGGCAAUGGAUGAAAUUCAAGAACAACACCAUUGUUGCGGUCGCGACAGUCCCCAGGAUUAUUUGCCUGACAAACAGCAAACUCUACCCUCUAGUUGUUGCCGUUGGCAUGAUUGUUCGAAGGAUGAUAAUAUUUUCGCUCGAGGCUGUGUUGAUGCAGCGACGAGUUUUUUCAAUGAACAAAGCGAUAAUCUUGUUUUGAUUAUUGUUGGCCUAAUUGCUGUGCAGGUUAUGGGCGUAAUCGCUGCCUAUUACUUCACACGUAGCAUGGUGAAUCUUAAGCAGAAACGGGAACAAAUCAUUAUCAAUGAGUAAUUGGACGAUUUUAUACCACAAACCACAAUGUAAUAUGUCGCAUUAAUUGGAAAAAUUUCUGGAAACAAAAGCUUGAUCUGAAUAAGAUUGCUGUAACCUAAUUAAGUUGUGGAAAUUAAUAAAAAAUAAUUAAGUGACGAUAUGUAAAAGUAGUAACUAAAAAUUCUUGGAAUAAAAUCUUCAAUAUAAUUCAUGCUACUUUAAAGACUCGCAGUUAUUGAAACCCGCUUUAAAGAAGCUUAACAUAAUUGUUUGAAUCUGAAACCCAUUGGCAGAGGUGAGAGGAAAGCUGAAUAAGGUUUUUUUUAGAGUUUUAGCGUUCGAAGUUUUAUUUAUUUGAUCAUAAAAGGUGAGAAAGCGAUGAAACUUAUAGACCUGCAAAGCUUAGAAGAAAUAUUGGUAUUUGAAAAUUUUCUAUGAAAAUUCAUUAAAAACUUCAAACAUACACACGCACAUAAAGCUUUUGCACACACAGAUGAGCUUUCCAUUCAUCUCUUUAACGCAACAUAGCUACACACAACAUGUUGUUGCGCAACAUUUGUUGCCAGCAACAUUUACACUUCGUGAACCCACACAGAAGGCGGUCACAAUGCGAUCGUUGUUGCGGCACGAACGAUUGAUUACGAAAAGCGCAAAGCGAGAGCGAUCAAGCGCGGCGUCGGUGAUGUACAAAUCCACACAAACAUUCCUCAACGAGCACACACACACACACACACAGGCAGGCAGCUGGCGCGCAAAAUACGCUUACAGGUUUGAAAUAUUCGAUUUUUUGGCAUUUCGAAAACUGACUGCGAUCGAAACGGUUCAGCCAUUCGGCUUGUACACUUGUGCUUUGUGUCUGACUGCUUGUGCUUGUGCAACUGGUUUGCUAAUAAAAAUUGUAAAUUCAAAUAUUUCACUUUUGCGUUGUUGAGUUUUCGUGUGCGACCGAACGGAGUUCUUCUGGCCGCAAUUUCUACGACUUUCUUCAGU